AUGAGGAAGCUGUUCGAGCGGACGGUGCGUACGGCAGUGACGAUGAAGUUGGUGGACCUGGCGGUUCAGGCGGUGGAUGGUACUAAGGUGGUCGCCAACGCGUCGCUGAACAGGAGCUACGACGCCGAGGGACUGCGAGGGCUAUUGGAGCGGCUGGAGAGUGCGAUAGCCGACCUUGAGGCUCAGAACGAAGCGGGAGAAGACACUGCUGUUGCCCAUCUGCCUGAGGAGUUGGCUGACAAGGAGGUCUUGAGAGAGCAGGUGAGGCAGGCGAUGGACGAUCUCACGAGUCAGAAGCGCCACAAGCGCAUCAACCUGACCGACCCAGACGCCAGGCUGAUGAAGGGUAGGCAAGGCAUCGUGGCUGGCUACAACGCUCAGGCUAUGGUCUCACCCACAGAGACGGAUGGGGGAGCGACCGGCAUGUUGGUCACCGCCGUGGACGUGGUGGAUGCGGCCAAUGACAAUGCCCUGCUGGUUCCGAUGGUCGAGCAGGCCGAAGAGACGACCGGGACAAGAGCACAGAUGACGUUGGCCGACGCCGGAUAUUUCGCCGCAAGUCACCUGGCAGAGUGCACCCGUCGAGGUCAGCAGGUGGUGGUGUCCGAGUCACGGCAACGGUUCCUCAAAGACCCAUAUCACAAGGACCAAUUCACCUACAACGAGCCGAGCGACAGCUUUACGUGUCCGCAGGGACAGACGCUCAAGUUCGUUCGUAUACAGCACGCGAACGGAGUCCCGUUGCGACUGUACCGGGCUUCCGGCGCCGUCUGUCAGGCAUGCCCAGCCUUCAGAGCCUGUACCAGGGCCAAGGAGAUUGGGCGAAGCUUAGCCAUAGGGCCGCACGACGCAGUGCUGCGUCGCCAUCGCGCCUGGAUGUCCACCCAGCAGCCAAAGAAGCUUAUGGGCUGA